AUUGACGAGAUACUCUAUCUCACUUACAGAGUUUAGGGGAUGCAGUAAGACAUGGUAGCUACUAGCAUGGACCUCCAACAGGCGGCCAUAAAAAUGGCAUGUGCCCAAAACUGUCAGAUGAAGAGCAACAAAUAGAAAAGGUUCAGCACUACGGACAGUUCCUCCAUCACAGAGGAAUAAGGAACAAGGUGGUCAGAAAUACUGAAACCUCCACCAAAGACCUGAUGUUUGUGUGUCACCAGUUUACUCAAAAACCUGCAGCUUAAUUCUGGUGGAACUUGGCAGCUCGGCAGAGGAAUGCGCUCCGAGUGCUCCUCUAGUUGUAAAUGAGACACUCAAGCGUCUGUCAGUUUUGGAUCAUCCGUGAUCUGAAAACACAGAAUAAACAGUCUCCAGCCUCAGGAACCCCAGGAGAGCCCGCGGACUCCUCCUGCAUCCCUUCAUGUCCUUCCAUGGGGCGGUGCGACCCCCGAGAACAAAAGAUCCGUCUGUCUUCUGUCCAUCCUCACGUGCGUUUGUCCAGGUCGGUCUGAAUUUUUGCAUUGACGUCAGUUGAGCAGACUGAUGGUAUAAAAACGCUCCGUGCUUUCAGCUUCACUCACAAGGACUUUUUAGACCAACUCAGACUUCAAGACACUGUCAGAACCAGCUGGAGACGCAAAGUUUUAGGACAUGAAGUCGGUGCCCCUGCUCCUCCUCCUCUCCUUGGUCCUCCAGUCCGGGCACCUCCGUCCCGCCGCCGGCAGGGCGCGCGUCCCUCCAUCCCGGCUGGACGACGGCGAGCGCGUCGGGACGCAGCAGCUGGACGCGGCGCUCCUCAGAGCCGCCGUCGAACUACUGGACGACAGCCCGGUGCCGUUUGUCCACAUGAGGAACCCGAACCCGCUCCACCUGCACGAGGAGAUCAGCGACGAAGAGAAAGAAGUGACGAGGACGGCGUCGCAGCUCCUGAAGCGGAGCGAAGAGUCGCCGAUGUCCAUCGACCUGACCUUCCACCUGCUGCGGAAUAUGAUCGAGAUCGCGAAGAUCGAGGACCAGAUGGAGCAGGCUCAGCGCAACCGGGACGUCCUCGACGACAUCGGAAAGUAAA